AUGGAUUUACCAAUUUGUGCUGUAUGCGAAUUCUUUCACGACGGCCCUUGUAGACUUGGGCAACCAUGCAAUUGCGCACCAUUUUUCCCAGCAACGGAGUGGGAAAAGUUUAAUCGUGUUCAUAAAAUAUUUGGAGUCGUAAAUGUUCACAAGAUUCUGAAUGAUCUUGAUGAACAUCAGCAUCAUGAAAAGGCUGUUACAGCUCUCUGCUACGAGGCUGAGGCUCGUUUAAACGACCCCAUAUGUGGUUAUGUUGGUAGUGAAUUUGUUCUCAAUAAUAUUCUCAAUAAUUUGAAAAGAGAAAUAGAUUCAGCAAGUAAUGAACUGGUAACAAUCAUGGAUAAGACCGAGGAACAGGAAAAUCAACUUACUCGGCUCCCAGGCAUGGAUGCACGAAGUAAUGUGGAUGAAACCAUUGGGAUGAGAGAAAAUGAUCAGGGUGAUGUUCAUAGAGCUGCUGGUGCAUCAACACCUCCGGGACCAUCUUCCGAACCUCCAAACCAAAACAAACCAUAG